UUUCAAUAAGUGGGGAAUUUUAGUGACAUUUUUCCCGUUUUGCAAUAUUUACAUUGAAGGGGUUUUUCAUUAAAUAUAUAGUUUUUCCCUUGUUCAGCUCUUCUUCUUAAAAAAUAAAAAGACUUCAGCAUCUGCUUCCUCUCGACAAUUUCGACAUUACUCUUUCGUUUUUCACCCCUUCCUUCUUCUCCUUUAGCCGCCCGUCGUCGAUCUCUGCAACACUUUCCGACGAUUUCUCCGUCUGAUCUCAAGUGAGUCUCCUUCAACUUUUCUCUUCUUUUCUAUACCCUUCCCUCUCUCUAUUUCCUUUUCUCCGCCACAAACGGCUUCUGCGUUCCCUGUUUCCGCCGUCCUUACCUCUUCCAAUCAAAUUGAAGAUCCAUACCAGAAAUCGAUCCUUCUCCGUCUCCGAAUUCGCUUGAUUAACCUCAGAAACUCGUAUUGGUUUUCGCAAAACCGCGAUUUGGCUUUAGACUUCACCGUUACCUGAUUGGGUGAAAAGUUUUCCUUAACCCUAUUAAUGGCUUAUCUAGGGUGACAGUGAAAACCAUUUAAAUUCGUUACUUGUGAGCCUCCUUAGAAGAUUAUGGGUGAUUUAGAGAACUUGCUUUUGGAAGCUGCUGGGAGAACAAAUUCAGCAGGGAGGAGUCGUCAUCCUCCAUCAUCGAGGAGACGUGAGGGUUCUUACUCUGAUGGUAGUAGCGAUUCAAGGGAUGAUUCUGAUGAAGAUCGUGGCUAUGCUAGUAGAAAACCCUCUGGGUCUCAAGUUCCUUUGAAGAAGAGAUUGGAGGCAGAGAGAGAAGAUCGAGCUGCUCGAGUUGAAGGUGGUUAUGGUGAUGGACCAUCUGAUCGUGAAGGUGACAGCAGCGAGGAGUCUGAUUUUGGAGAUGACCUUUACAAGAAUGAGGAAGACAGGCAGAAGCUUGCUGGAAUGACUGAGUUUCAGAGAGAGAUGAUUCUCUCUGAACGUGCUGAUAAGAAAGGUGAUAAGAACUUCACUGAGAAACUUAGGUCCAAGAGAGAAAGUGAGAAAACCCCUGUUUCUAAAAAGGAGACUCAGCCUCUUCCGGCCUCUCGUGGUGUGCGUUCAUCUGCUAGAUCUGCAGACAGAGCCGCUGCUAAGGAUGAUGCCCUGAAUGAAUUGAGGGCGAAGCGUAUGAAGCAGCAGGACCCAGCAGCUCUCAGGAAACUGAGAGAUGCAUCAAAAGGUGGUUCAGGUAGUCGAGAUUUCUCAUCAACGAAGAGGAAACCGUUAGCUUCCUCCAAUUUGAGUAGUUCCAGCCAAAGUGACAGUGAUAGUAGGUCUCAGAGUGAUGAUGAAGGCUCGAAUGGAGGAAUGCUAGACAGUGAUGAUGACAGGUCAGAUGUGCCUACGUUUGAGGAUGUUAAGGAAGUUACCAUUAGACGGUCUAAGCUUGCCAAAUGGCUAAUGGAGCCUUUCUUUGAAGAGCUUAUAGUUGGGUGCUUUGUGAGGGUUGGGAUCGGAAGGUCAAAGAGUGGUCCAAUUUACAGACUCUGCUGGGUGAAGAAUGUUGAUGCAACCGAUCCUGACAAGACCUACAAGCUAGAGAAUAAAACUACACACAAGUACCUUAACGUCGUCUGGGGAAAUGAAACCUCGGCGGCUCGAUGGCAAAUGGCUAUGAUCUCAGAUGGUCAUCCGCUGGAGGAAGAGUAUAGGCAAUGGAUCAGAGAGGUUGAGCGAACAAAUGGUCGCAUGCCCACAAAGCAAGAUAUAUCGGAGAAGAAAGAAGCGAUACAAAGAACAAACAGUUUUGUUUACUCUGCGGAAACUGUUAAACAGAUGCUGCAGGAGAAAAAAUCUGCGUCAGUCAGGCCAAUGAAUGUUGCGGCCGAGAAAGAUCGGCUUAGAAAAGAAUUGGAAAUUGCGCAGAGCAAAAACGAUGAAGCAGGUGUAGAGAGGAUCAAGUCGAAAAUCAAACAGCUCGACGCUUCACGGAACAAGAAAGGGGUAGAUAAAAAAGCGCUUAAACUUGCUGAGAUGAACAAGAAGAACAGAGCCGAGAAUUUCAAGAACGCAUCUGAGGUAAAAUCAAUAACUGCUAGUCUCAAAGCCGGUGAAGCAGGGUAUGAUCCGUUUUCAAGAAGAUGGACCCGAUCAUCAAACUACUACAACGGGAAAAACAAGGGGAAAGAUGGAGAAGAGAACGAGGCAGCGGUUGCAGCAGCGGUUGAGACCAAUGGAGCAGAUGCAGGAGCAGGUGUUGAAGCGACAGAAGCAGCUUUAGAAGCAGCUGCAGAGGCAGGAAAGCUAAUAGACACAAGAGCUCCAAUAGGUCAAGGAGCAGAACACAAUCAGCUUCAUAACUUUGAAUUGUCGUUAUCGCUAACGGCUUUACAGAAGUACGGAGGACCUCAAGGAGUACAGAAAGCGUUCAUGGCGAGGAAGCAACUGACCGAAGCAACUGUGGGAUGCAGAGUCGCAGAGAACGAUGGCAAGAGACAUGGCCUUACGUUAACUGUUAGUGAUUACAAGAGAAGGAGAGGUCUUCUCUGAUUUAUUUGCAUUUUUUUCAAGUCUCAGUGUUUCAUUAUCUUCUGAAAACUGCUUCUUGGUUCUUCUUUUCUUCAUAUCUUUCUUUUGUACUCCACAAAAUAUGUUUAGAUCAGUUUGUUUUUUCUUGAAAUAUUUUUGUACUCGUUUUUGUGUGAACUCUCCUGAUUAGUGUAUGACUGCAUGAAAUUAGAAAAUCAAGUCUUUUGCAGUUUUGCUACUCU